AUGGGCGGCACCUAUAGCAACACGCGAGAGCGAGGGCAGCAUAGUCAGCGAAUUGGUCAAGAAGCUUAUAAUUACACACGAGCAAUUGCGGCGCUACCAGUUCCGCGACCUUCAGGCUACAGCAAGCUAGCCGUGCAGGUUGCAUUCAACGAGCUGGCACGGAGUGUGUAUCAGUUGCACAUGGUACAUGGAUCUCUAGCGGUUGCAGCGGCCAAGGCAAGGCAGCUUCAGCAUAGACUCCAGAUUGCGCUCAUGGAAGCGGGCAGGGAACAAGGGAAGGAGCAGGUAGGCCAAGUGAGGGGCCAGUUAGGAGGCCUGUUGGAGUUUGAGUGUUGGGCAUUGUGCGCGGUAUCGAGCUAG